AUCCACUAAUUGUUUUCAGCAAAAUUUCAGGAAAAAAUCGUUAGAACACCGGUAUGUUCUUGAUCUUGCUUGUCCACAGCAGACAGUGCAACGCCCAGGCCAGGGUUUGUUUGGGAAGACGUACAUGCACAUGUACAAUCAUAUUAUAAUUAUAGUUCCUUGCUGUCAUCGCUGGAAGCGAUGAUAUGAUGCCUAAUCUUUUCGAAUCAGCCCAUUGCUGACAUGGAGUGCAAUAGGGCAGAAGAUGAAGCAGUAGCUGCUACCACUGCGAAGAAAUUGCCAAUAAUUGACCUCAGGUGUGAUGACAAGACGACUGCCACUGCGUUGAGACAGGCCUGUGUUGAGUUCGGCUUUUUCUACAUCGUCAAUCAUGGCAUUACGGAUGAACAGUUUGCUGAACUCUUCGAGCAAGCCAAGUUGUUCUUUGCUCUACCUCUGGAGGAGAAAGAGAGGUGCAAUAUAGACAGGAGUACGAACAGAGGCUACAUCGAGUAUGGCUCGGAGAGAAACAAUCCAGUGAAACAAACGACUGGAGGUACGAAGGAGGGGUAUCACAUGGGUAACGAGAUGACUGCUGAGCGAGCUAAAGCGUCCGGGGAGGUGCACCGAGCGAAUAAGUGGCCACAAGAAGCUGUGGUGCCGCACUUCAAGACAACCAUGAUUGACUAUUACAAUACCAUUUGUGCAGUGGGAAUGAAACUGCUUAGAAUAGUGGCAUUAGCACUGGACAUGGAAGCAGAUUAUUUCCACCAGUUCUUCACUAAACACAUAGCGCUACUGCGAGUUCUACAUUACGACGAGACAUUGUCAAAGCCUGAUGAGGGUCUGUUCGGAGCUGGAGAGCACACCGAUUUUGGUAUGCUGACAUUGUUGAAGACGGAUGAUGUUCCUGGAUUGCAGAUUCAGUGGCCUGAUGGUGAAUGGGUGGAUGUAGCGCCAAUCGAAGGAGCCAUUGUAGUGAACAUUGCGGAUAUGUUAGAACGCUGGACAAACGGCAUGUUCAAGAGUACACUGCAUCGUGUGUUGAACACGACCGGGCGUGAGCGUUACAGUGCUCCGUUCUUCUUUGACUGCAAUGCCGACGCCACGAUUGAGUGUUUGCCAACAUGUUGUAGCAGUGAGAGUCCAGCCAAGUAUGAACCUAUCCUGUCCGGUGAAUACCUCCUGAAGAAACUUAAGGAAAUCUACCCCGAAGGAUAACUCUAGUAUGUUGCCCGCGCCGCUGAACCCGCAGAGCAGCCGUUUAUGCCGGUCAUCUCAUGAUUAUUUAACUUGGAAUCUCACCAGACGCUUGAAUGUUACUCCCAAUGUGACAGCCUUGAUGCCCACUGCUUGGAUUCAUGCAGUGUACCUCAAUAUUCCACUUGCCUCUUCUUUGUACCGUAAUCUAGAUAUUUUCCAUGUAGAGACUGAGUAGAUGAUAACACACAAAGUGCCACACAGGCAGCAUAUCCUUUACCGACUCCUGGCUUAGUGCUGCUACAUGUAUUAGUAUCACAGUGUCCAUGAUAUUACCUUCUCUUCAGUUGGGCUGAUCCAACUAAUACGGUGCCUGCCUCUAUCAGUUCUAAUACCGUGCCAUUACACUGCGGUCCGGGAGGUCUGGGCCUGCCAAUAGUUUUCCCGGUUUUUUGGAGUGGCGUGUGCAUAGAAGUCUUGUUAUGAUCUGGGCUGACUUCUCAUGAAUCAACGUCGCUGUGCACAUGCUUCAUUCAGCAUGGACCAGUACGAGCAAGCAUGCAUGAACUUACGUCGUUGCUUUACUCCAGAA